UCUGGCAAGUCAUUGAGCUGACUGUUCAGAAGCAGGAUGAUCUAUAUAUCUACCAUGGAGAGACAUCAGCAAACCUGGGGCAAAGAAAAGACCAUUGUCUGCAAGGCAUGAUCCCUCCAGCUUCAGCAUCACACGAAACAAGACUUAAGCACGUCUGCAAAGCAGCCAUAAAAGACAAGGGAACAGAAGUGUUCCCAACCUCAGUGACAUACCUCCCAUCACAACCUCAAACAUGGAGUGCCUUUUCAGAAGAAGGAGAGUGCUGAAAACCUGCUUAACCUUGUCGCUACUAUUUGCCACCCUGGUCACCAUACAUAAACUGAAACUAGUCGAGGAAGGAACAAAGGGACGCCUGGCAUUCCAUACUAGAAUAAUGAAUGAGUGGUUGCAACCAGACAAUAGUUCCUCCAGGAGGAACAGCAAAGGAACCACUAGCAAUUCUGCUGCUGCUGCUGCUGGUGGUACCUCAGUAGGGUUGAGUCUGCCUCCAAGGUGGGACAUUAAUGAGAGUAGAUGUCCUGAGAACACUGGUCUAAGAAGACAACCUUGGUUCAAACAUGUGGAUCCUAGAUUCCAUCAGUUUAUUUUGCAUCGGCAUUGCAGGUAUUUCCCAUUGUUGCUUAACCACCCUGAGAAAUGUCAGGGAGAUGUCCACCUGCUCAUAGUGGUGAAGUCCAUCAUUGAGCAACAUGAUAGGAGAGAAGCUGUGAGGAGGACAUGGGGCAAAGAGAAAGAAGUAGAUGGCAAGAAAAUCAAAACUCUGUUCCUUCUUGGAACUACAUCCAUAGGUAAAGAUCACAGGAACCUCCAGAGACUCAUUGAGCAGGAGAACCAGAUUUAUGGGGACAUUCUACAAUGGGAUUUCAUGGACACUUUCUUUAACUUGACUCUUAAAGAGGUGAACUUCCUAAAAUGGUUUCACAUAUAUUGUCCAAAUGUUGAGUUUAUUUUCAAAGGUGAUGAUGAUAUUUUUGUGAAUACUGAAAAUAUAUUAGAUUUCUUAGCCUUCAAAAAGGAAGACCCUAUGCUGCCAAGCUUAUUUGUAGGAGAUAUUAUAUCCAGAGCAGUUCCGAUUAGGAAUAAACAAAGUAAAUAUUAUAUCCCCAAAGAGUUGUAUGACAAACCCUAUCCAGUGUACGCUGGUGGAGGUGGCUUCCUAAUGGCUUCCGCUCUAGCCAGAAGACUGUUUAUAGUUUCGGAGAACAUCCAGUUGUUUCCCAUUGAUGAUGUGUUUUUGGGAAUGUGCCUUAAGGCCAUAGGUGUGGAGCCCAAGUUGCAUCCAGGAUUUAGAACAUUUGGAAUCAGCAAAAAGAGAUCAAGUGCAAUGAACAGUGACCCUUGUUUCUAUAAGAGCUUGUUGGUGGUCCAUAAGUUAAGCUCAGAAGAUCUCCUUAAAAUGUGGAAUGUUGUCCAUGAUGAAAAAAUUGUCUGUGGUAAAAGGGUUAAUAUUUACAGGUGAUAUGAUUGGCCUAGAGGGGAAAACAAAUAUGAUUUUAUUUUCAUAUAAAUUGUUUACAUUUCUCUAAAUUAAUGUGGGAAUUUUAUUUUUAUUUGUUUUGCUUUUGCUUUCCAGCUGGUUUGGAAAUAACAUCAAAAGAUUACACUUACUGCACUUUAUAUGAUAUAAAAAAUUGUACUAAGAUCAGAUUAAUCAUUUGUGGACACACAUAACACAAGCAGAAGCACAAUAAUAUAUAGAACAUUGUUUCUAAAAAAUGUUAACCUCCUGUUGUAACCCCCUCCCCCCCAAAUAAAAUAAAUAAAUGAAGCAUUCUAAAUUGUAAUAUGUUUAUAAUAAAUUAGGGUCACACUUUUGUUAAAAUACAACAUUAUUUUUGCCAUUCAAAACAAAAAAAGGAAUAAUUUUAAAAAAAUCUAAUGAUUUAUAUCCCCCUCCCCCCAAACAAAAAGGAUGUAGUAAUUAUAAAGGUUGUUAGAUUUCUUUUUUUGAAUUAAGUACAAAAUAAUGACAGAAUUUUAAGAUGUAACCCAUGAAUUACUCGCUGAUGGGGACAUUGCUUUGUAUCACAAGAUGGGUUCUGGCUAAAAAAAAUAAAUUCAGAAAUAUAAAAAAAACUGCUAAUUACGAUUAAUAUGUGAUCAUCUAUGAAAAACCAAAAAAUUCAGUUUUGCUUAUUGUUUUGACAAUUAUCAUUAUUAUUAUUAUUUUUUAAAUAUGAUAGUUGAUGUAGUACAAUGGAAAUUUGAUUAUUUAAAUAGUAUUCAUGUGGAAAUGAUAUUGAAAAUUUCAUUUUAGGCAUAUACCAUAAGUAAGAAAACCCCACCUAGUGGAAUCAGCCUCAAAAUAUACUCCGUAGGUAGAAAUUGUGUGUGUAUAUAUACACACACACAUAUCAGGGGAGCAGAUACCAUGGGGGUAUAUCAUGAGACUAUACACCAUUAGGUUAAUAUACAGAUAUAAAAGAAAGGGCUCAUGCGCACGACCGUAUCUAUUUUGCGGUCCGCAAAAAGUAGGGAUGACGUCCGUGUGC